CAUGGUCAUGAAUGGCUUGCAGCUGUGGUGUCGCUGAGUUACUUGGCAUCAAGGAGAUCACUUAAUAUGGCUCCUUGCGGCAGGUAUAUGUGCCAGCUUUACUUAGAAAGAUGUACCGACAGUUCUCCUCACAUAAGGGAGGCAUGUUUGAAAUUUUCGUCGAGCUUUCUAUGUUGUCCUGAAUUUGCUGAUAGUGUGCUCGAGACCUUAAUGCAAAUGCAGCCAAACUGUGGUACCACUGUAAGGCAUACUGUUAUCAAAUCAGUCACAAAGGUGGCUCUGAAGGACUCCACUAUCAUCACAGACAAGCUGAUUGCCCUCCUUGCAGCUAAUACUCGCUGUGCCUCUUCCCAAGUUCGCCAAGAAGCCAUUUCUUGCCUAGGCAAACUGUACAGGAGCAUUGCAAUGGAUCGAAUGUGCCCUCAGAAGCUCAUUUCUAGAAUUUCCAAUGUCAUCCUGGAGGCAUAUCAGACUGAAAAUACCAGUGACCGCAUGGUUGUGGUGCAGACAUAUGCUCGGCAUCUCGUACCAUUAUCGCUGUCUGGGUCAUACCGCAUGGAGCUUCUGUACAAGCUCUAUUGUAACCUUGAAGUAAAAGCACUGAAGUCGUUUAUACAGCUGCACAAGAAUAUGCAAGGAGCACAGCUACAGCUGAGGGACAUUUUAGAUGAAGUGUCAACUGCAGUUACCAGCACUCCCAGGCACUCUCGUUUUAGAGGCAUGCGGCUCAUAGAGGAACUAAGGAGAGACAGUGUUGCGUGUGGCAACUUACUCGACGCACUACGCUUCCAGAAAUCCAUCGAGAUUGCUUCCAGUCGGGAUGCAAUACUGAAGAGCCUCGAGGACAGAGGCAGCAGAGUUCUGGCUGAGGCAGAAAAGCUUUUCUGGACAGCUACAUCAGCCGCACUGAGUGAAGAUGAGUUUGAACAGCUGUUGGCUCUUGUUUCAGAGCAGAAACCUGCACCUUAUUAUUCCUACACAGCCAAAGAGUUGCAGCUAUUCAAGGUUCUGUCAAAGGUCUUCCCAUUGUCCUGUGGCCAGUGCGACUACCUAAUGACAACCCCUGAUGGGCAAAGUAACAUCAGUGAAGGAGAUGCGUAGAUAUGUGAACAGCCUUCACAGUUAGCCUUUAAAGCACCCAGUUUUCAAGACUGUCAUGAUGAAGAAUGCUUGUGAAGUGUGCAACACGACUUGGAAUAUUAUGUUCUCGCAAAUGCGUUGUUGCUGAGUGCACACUGUGUAUGCGCAACUGGUCAACACCGAGGUACCAUAGAUAACAUACUUCGAUGGCCUGCAAUUUUCCAUCAUCAUCCACCAACAAGCAGAAGCGCUGAUGGAUAUGCCACCUGAAAAAAACACAGCUGAAUUAAGAAUUUGUGCAAGGACUAAAUGAGUGCCACAAGCUACUUGCGUCAUUGAAAGUCAACGAAAAUGCCAGAUCCAAGUGCCAUUUGUGAAGCUCAAGUCGAGGGAAGUCCAGUCCUUAAAAACACUGCUUGUUUCGAACUCUUUGAGAAAAAAUACUUGUAAAUGUGAGAUUCAGUUGUGUACAAAACACUUACCUUGAUUAUAGGGGGAACAGGCAAACAUACUGCCCAUGCGUUAUUUUUUUUUUUAUGCUUAAUGGUCGGUCAUGAUAUUAGCAUGAACACCAACAUACCAGGCAUACAGUGUACAUAUAUUUUUUUCUUUUUCAGAGAGUCUUGCAAUAAAGUUUUGCACGAUGCAGCUGACUGAGUGAUAAAUUUAGUGGGCUAUUUUAUCACAUGUUUUAUGUGCCACAACUACGAUGCUUACUCCAGUUUGCAGCUUC